AUGGGCCGAACCAGCAAGCCUGUUAAGGCACUGCUUGUACUCUUGAACUGUCUAUUGAUAUCAAUUGGUCAAGUAGCUGGCCUUUUGCUUGUAAGGCUCUACUAUUUGCAUGGAGGAAAGAGGAGAUGGCUCAGUGCUUGGAUACUUAGUGCUGGCUUCCCAAUCUUGAUCUUCCCCAUUGCCAUUUCUUAUGCACAAGCUCGAGCCACGACACCAGCCACCACGCUGCUGGUCACACCGAGGCUUGCUGCAGCUGGUGCCUUGUUGGGAAUUCUCCUCGGCCUUGAUGGCUACCUCUACACCUUUGGUUUGUCUUACCUUCCCAUCUCGGUUUCUUCUCUUCUUGGAUCAACUCAGCUCGCCUUCACAGCCAUUUUCGCGUUUUUCAUUGUGAAGCAAAAGUUCACUCACUACUCGGUCAAUGCUGUGGUUUUGAUGACCUUUGGAUCAGUUGUUCUGGGGCUUCACAUGAACGGAGAUCGUCCUAGUGGAGUGUCUAAUGGAAAAUAUUUGUUGGGGUUUUUCAUGACGAUUGCUGCUGCUGGUCUCCAUGGAUUCAUUAUGCCUGCAGUGGAGUAUACUCACUUGAAGGCUGGCGUCGCCAUCACCUUUAAUUUGGUCAUGCAGUUUCAAUUCAUCGUGUCGAUGUUUGCCACUCUGUUUUGCACUGUUCCCAUGAUCAUCAACAAGGAUUUCCAGGCUAUUCCAGAAGAGGCAAGAGAAUAUGAUCUUGGAGAGAGCAAGUACUACAUGGUACUAGUGUUGGCAGCAGUUGCAAUGCAAUUCUUGAUUAUAGGAAGUCUUGGUGUGAUCUUCUGCUCAACAUCACUCUUGGGAGGGCUCGUGUCAUCUCUUCUACUUCCGGUCCAACAGAUAUUCGCCGUAAUGUUCUUACCGGAAAGCUUCAAUGCAGACAAGGGCAUUGCCUUAGCCAUGUGCCUGUGGGGUUUCUCCUCUGACUUUUAUGGAGAAUACAAGGUAAGCCGGAGGAAGCCAGCAACAAAACUAGAACCAGAGCAAGAGGAGGUAGUUUGA